AUGCAUGACUCGCUCCGGCUCUCAAAGAUGCACAGGUUGCCCGUGCGGCUGAAGAUUGCGGCGGAAAAAGUCCUCAGUCGCGGGGCGGGCAUGAAGGAGGCGGUGGAAGUACUUGCUGUGGCAGGCAGGACCACGGAGCACAGCGCACUACUCCUCCCGGUGUUCUACGCCAUGCUCGAUACCGCUGUCAUCCCCGAGCUUCGCGCGCCGGGCUUUGUCGACGAGAACAUCGACACCGCCCGGAGGCAUGCGACGUGUGCGGUUUGGGGCAUUGACGGCGUACAGCGCGUGACGCACGUGAUUACCGUCGCUGCGUUCUCUGACAUAUGGCGCCGCUGCUGGCCGUGGGUUGAAUUCCUAACCGAAUAUUCAAUGGUGCUUGCGCUUCCGUCGUCAUCCUUGCGCACCGACACUGCGACCCCGCCGGGGGAGCUGCCAGCGCUGUGGCUGCGACUUUUGACGCGCCUCCUGGCCCUCUGUGUCACGCUGGAUAGUGCUGUCAUCGGGCAGACACGGGGAUUCCGCGUCCUGCUUGGGGAGGCAUGGGCACAUGUGGUGCACGUGGAACCCGAAGAUGCGGCAUGCUUGCAGGAUGUUGCUGUGUCGCUGACGCUCAUCAUGCGCUCUGCAGACACAGACAUCAUCGGGGACAUCGCAGAGGGCGCCGGAGGGAAGCAGGCGCUGGCUACGGUCAUUGUGGGUGACCUGUGGAAUUCAUGGCCAGAUGGCACAGAGCCUGCCUCCUCUGCAAGUCUCCGCCGUGCCACCAGCCUCUUUGCCUUCCUGCGACUCGCACUCGACAACGGCUUGACGGAGGAACUCCAGGGAGAGGAGAUCGUCGCUGGGCUGACCAUUGCAUGCGCCUCUUUGAGUGUAGCGACACGUGCGGAUGGCAUGCGGACCGAGCUCAUGAACGAUGCGCUGUCACUUCUUGUCCAGGUGCUCGAUGGGCCGUGGCCGCAGGUGCGCGUUGCGGAAGCCAUCGAGACAGGGCUCUUUGCUGUCCUCCAUACAAUGACCCGCUGGUCAUCGCCCGCCAACACAACCUUGCUCAUCAAACUUUUCCGCGAUACACUACCUCCAUUGCUGCCACUCCGCCCCGUCGCAGCAGUACUCCAGGAAGCACUCCUAGAGGUGCGCGACAUGGACUCUGCCAUGUGCAUCCAGUCACCUGAACGCUCUUCGUCCCCUAACCUCCGCUAUUCGCCAUCCGAGUCCGGGCCCAACCCGAGACCUAGCAUGUCCUGUACCGCAGACUCGGAGCAUCCCGACGCCAACCACGUCGACGCGCACUUUGCGCUGCUCCCGGAGCAACACUCACCACAAAGCAUCUCCACCGGCGCCGGCCCAGGUCCGCUCGGCGCCGAACCGACAAUGACCGACGACCCGCCGCCGCUGCCCUCCGUCCGGGUCACGCUCCGCCCGUGCUGCUUCAACUGCUGGACGACGGAAAGCAACACGUGGCGCCGCAGUAGACUCUCCGUCGGCAAGAUCGUCUGCAUCGAGUGCGGUGUUUUCGAGCGUAAGCACUCCCGCCCCCGGCCCGUGCAGUUUCCCUGUGUGCCGCCCAUUGGCUUGGUGGCGACCAAGACGUAG